UGGGCCUGAACAAGUCCGUCCUAGUGACUUUGUCAAAGAAUUAAAAAAUUCUAAUUUCAAAGAAGCUCUAGUUGAUUUUUUUAUUUUACACUGGGCUUCUGACGAAAUGGCGCCGUUUAUUGGCAAUAAAAUAAUACAUAUAAAUUUCAGAAAAUGUCAUUCGUUUACUGUUAAUGAGGCCAACAAAGUGAUGUCAAGUAUAAAUGAGGAAUUGUCUUGCCCAGAGCAUGAAGAAGCAGACAACAAAAUAGUGUACCACGCGUGUAAAAUUAACUACGAAGCAAAUAUUGUGAUUCGAACUGUUGACACCGAUGUUGCUGCUAUAAUGCUAAGUCAUAUGCAUCGUCUUAAUGAUGGAUCACAUGUUUGGAUGCUUACAGGAGCUGGAAAUAAUUUAAGAUAUGUGGACCUAACUAAAAUACACGCCAAAUUAGGAGAAUCUAUUUGCAGAAGCUUACCUGGACUACACGCUUUCACAGGAUGUGAUUACAAUCCUGCAUUUUACAGAAAAGCAAAAUUGAAACCGUAUAAAUUGUUAAAAAAAUAUGUAGAAUUUCAACUAGCAUUCAUGAAGUUUGGUGACAGCAAAAUCAUCGAAAAUAACAAUGAACAAGUAUUAAUCUUCGAUAUAAUUCAAAGUUUUAUAUGCUAUCUAUACAAUAUGAAUGAUAUCAACGAUGUUGAUGCUGCUAGGCUACAAAUGUUUAUUAAUUCGUAUACAGUAUCUGAUGUGAACGAAGCUUUUAAUCGAAAAAAGUUGCAAAAUUUCGAUGCUAGCUGUUUACCACCUUGCAAAAGUGAGCUAUUGCAGCAAUUUUUGCGAGCGAAUUACAUAUGUAGCAUAUGGAACAACGCUCACUUACAAAAGCCAACAGCAUAUAAACCAGUAAAUAAUGGUUGGAUACUGGAAAAUGACCACUACUAUUUCAAAUGGUUUGAAGGAGAUCAAUUACCGAAUUAUGUCAGCGAAUCUCUAAAAACAGUUCCAGAAAACAAUGAAGAAGGCGAUAUUGAAGACGAUCAAUCCACAGAAUGGAAUAAUAGUGACGAGGAAUAUGGAUGUAUUGACGACGACGAUGAAAAUGAUGAAAAUGUUUAAAGAUUUAAUCAAAAUAGAUGUAUUUCCCUGUAACUUUUUUAUUUAAAAAAAAAUUUGCCCUUUGAUAUAAUAAACAAUAAAAUUUGAUUUACUUUAAUUCAUUGACUUUACAAUUUUGAUAGAAUUGAAAAUAAUAAACUUUCGUAAAAAUGAAAAAUAAUAUAAAUAAAAUUAUUACAGUUUCGAUAUGAUUGAAGUUGUAUUAGAACAAUUUUACUGAGUAUUGUUUUAAAUAUUUGUUAUUCAAACUGUAAAAAUUUAUUUAAUGAAAUUUCUUGAUUAAAAAAAAAAUAAACUGCACAAUUUGAACUUAAUAACAGUGGAUGCGCAGUGAAGGGCCGCAAUAGACCAAGCGCUCUGUCUCACUCGCACUAGUUACUGUAUACGCUUCUUGCUCUCCGAACUACUGCUCACUUUGAAUGCGUCUGGCAAGAUGAUAGAACCGUCGAAACUGUCCGGCUAUUAUGUAAACAUAGAUUAAUAGGCCCCCAAAACAUUAUAUAUAAAAUUUAGGUUUUAUAAUAUAACGUAAGUAUAAUUAUAAAUUAUAACAGUUUAAGGGUGUCCGGCAGAGGGUUGCAACCAUACCAACUGUCUGGCAAUGAGCAACGCGA